ACUAUGGGUGUUAGCUGAAGUCGGAAAUGUGGUAACGGUCGGCAGCCAUCUUGGCGGUUGGAUGGCAGAAACGUCUGUUAUGAUGAGCCAAACUUGAACACUUUUGCAUCGAUUCUUGACGGGGACAACUGGAUUUUCAAGCAGAGAGGUCACAAGAGACAAGGACUGUCACAGUAUUUCUAGCUGAAGGUGCAACUCUACCAUCGUAGCAUAUUCCAGACGGAAAAGUUUGGGCCACCGCAACUCGGUUUGGGCGGAUCUAGAGGAAAGUCGAGUCGCACUUUUUUGAGUCAUCUGGCAUUGAAAAUAGCGGAGCUGUCGGACUCUGACACGAAGUUCCUGUCACGGUUUCCAGUUUUGCCGGCACCGUAUGGUAACAAAAGGUCAAGACAUGAGACAUGCCGAGUUUUAUAGUAAAAUCUUUAAGUCUCGGCUUGCGGGCGCAGAGUUUGUGAGAGGUCCCUCCCCGUCCUGUUCUCAGAUGAGCUUCUUCUGAUUCAAGGGAUUUGGAGUGUGAAGUAAAGCGGGGCCAAGUUUCACCUUCCCAAGUUUCCACCAGUUGCGGUUUGGACGAACACAACCUCGACGAUGGAACUGCAACUGGAUGACCGCCUUGCCCGGCUGGAACAGCGGGUUCGGGACUUGAAGUGCGAGAUAAACAUAGACGGCUUGCUGGAUGGAAUCGCGGCUCUUGUCACUGACUGUAAUUUUCCUGCUCUGCGGAAGAACAAGAACGUCGACAAUUUCCUGACCAGAUAUGAAAAAUGGGUUGAAUUUAUUGAAGAAAACCGGCUCAAGGCUGAAGACUUUGACAUGAUCAAGGUCAUUGGGCGAGGAGCAUUUGGAGAAGUCCAACUGGUCCGGCACAAGAAGACACAGAAGGUUUACGCCAUGAAGUUGCUGAGUAAGUUUGAGAUGAUCAAGCGGUCAGAGUCAGCCUUCUUCUGGGAGGAGAGAGAUAUCAUGGCACACGCCAACAGUGAAUGGAUAGUGCAGCUGCACUAUGCCUUCCAAGACCCAAAGUACCUGUACAUGGUGAUGGAGUACAUGCCAGGAGGGGACCUGGUCAACCUGAUGAGUAAUUAUGACGUGCCGGAGAAGUGGGCCAAGUUCUACUGUGCAGAGGUGGUGCUGGCUCUGCACGCCAUCCACUCCAUGGGAUUUGUACAUAGGGAUGUGAAGCCAGAUAACAUGCUGUUGGAUGCCCGGGGUCACCUGAAGCUGGCUGACUUUGGCACCUGUAUGAAGAUGGAUGAUAACGGUAUGGUACGGUCAGACACCGCCGUGGGGACACCAGACUACAUCUCCCCGGAGGUGCUCAAGUCCCAGGGUGGGGACGGCUACUACGGCAGGGAGUGUGACUGGUGGUCUGUCGGAGUCUUCCUAUAUGAAAUGCUAGUUGGCGACACCCCAUUCUAUGCAGACUCCCUGGUGGGGACGUAUGGCAAGAUCAUGGACCACAAGAACUCCCUGGGCUUCCCUGAUGACGUGGAGAUGUCCAAAGAAGCUAAGAACCUCAUCUGUGCCUUUUUAUCUGACAGAUCUGUCCGGCUGGGGAGGAACGGUGUGGAGGAGAUCAGACGACAUCCGUUCUUCCAGAACGACCAGUGGACCUGGGAAACCAUCCGGGACACUGUACCUCCUGUGGUCCCAGAGUUGAGGGGGGACGACGACACCAGUAACUUUGACGAUAUUGAAGACGACAAGGGGGAAGACGAGACCUUCCCCACGCCAAAAAUCUUCGCUGGCAACCACUUGCCUUUCAUCGGUUUUACGUUUAUUAAGGAUAGUCCGUGUUACCUAUAUACCUUAAGUCAAGUGUUUCAAGUUGGCUUGAGACCAGACAAUCGAAUUGAGGAGGUUGAUGGUGGAAGAAUGGUCAAUCAAGUUAGCAGUAGUUCAUCUAAACAGAAUGAAGAACUUGUCCAGAGAAUACAUGAGCUGGAAGAACAGCUCAACAUGGAGAUGACUGCCAAGGAUGAGAUGGAGCACAAGUAUAGGAAUACAUCAACAAAACUAGAGAAAUUGUAUAGAGAAUUAGAUCAAGAGGCUGAGGGUAGGAAGAGGGCUGAAGCUUUAACUCGGGAGAUGGAGAGGAAGACAGCAUUGUCAAAUCAUGACUUGAAGGAGUCUCAGAGAAAAGCGGAGCAGGAGAUGGAGAACAGGCGUAAGCUGGAGGGAAUGGUGGAGAACCUGAAGCUGAGGUUAGACGAGGAGAUGAGGAAACAGAACCAGUCCUCAGCCUCCUCACAGUACCUCACAGAGAGGGUCAGCUACCUGGAGAGACAGCUGGAAGAGAUGAAUGAGAAGAGCAGGACGGAGGCAGAAGUUGCCACCCAGCUGAACAACAAGCUGAAGAAGGUGCAGAAGGACUUUGACAAGGCUGUAGGUAAGGCCGAGGCUGACAAACACGAGCUGCAGGAGAAGCUGCGUCAGCUGGAGUCCACCAGGGUCACCAAGGAGAAGGAGGUCUUCAAACUGCAGGCCCAGCUGGAGGAGGAGAGGCAGAGCCAAUCACAGGCCUCCGAGAUGUCAGCUGACGUGCAGAAUCGUAACUACAUGCUGCAGGAGGAGCUGUCCAACUCCCAACAGAACAUCUCCCGGUUAGAGCAGGAGAAGCGCCAGCUCCAGGAGUCCUACAAUGCCAUGGAAAAGGCCAAGUACAACGUGGAGGUGGAGCUGAACUACAAGCUGCGUCAGCUGCAGACCAAGUUUGAGCAGAUGCAGCAGAAGUACGAGCAGGAGGUGCUGGACCACAAGGCCACCAUCGCCUCCUUCUCCGCUGACAAGAAGAAGAUCUUAUCCCUGGAGGAGUCCAAGACAGAGGCCAUGAGAGGAUUGGAAAGGCGAGUGAGUGAGGAGAAGAUGAAGCUGGAGUCGAUUCAGCGGAAGUUGGAUGAGACAGAACGGGACAAGUCGGAGCUGGAAAAGGAGCGCUCCAUGUUGAACUUUGACAUGGAACAGAUGAGGAAGAACCUGGAGGAGUUACAGAACAAGCUGGGGUCCAAGGAGGAUGAGAUCAAGACCAUCACCCUGCAGAAGGAGCAGGAGUCUCAGAAGCGGCACCUGUCCCAGACAGACGUGAAGAACCUGCAGCAGCAGAUCUCCUCCCUCAAGGUCACGGAGAAACACCUGAACCAGGAGCUGGAGGUGCUCCGGGCACAGAAGGCUCGCGUCGACAAGGACCUGGAUGAGAAGAGAAAGGACCUGAAGAGUAACGAGGCCAACAUGCGUGAGCUCCAGGACCAGCUGGAGGUGGAGCAGUACUUCUCCACGCUCUACAAGACUCAAACCAAAGAACUCAAGGAGGAGGUGGAGGAGAAGGUCAAGCAGUGCAGCGACCUCCAGGAGGAACUCAAGAAGGAGCAGUAUGAGAAGGAGAACCUGUCCGCUCAGGUACAGCUCAUGGUGGCUAAGGCGGAGUCGGAGCAGCUGGCGCGCUCCAUCGCCGAGGAGCGGUUCUCGGACCUGGACAAGGAGAAGACCAUGAUCGUCCUGGAGCUGAAGGAGAAGGAGGCUCGCCACAAGUCUGAGGUCGGCGAGAAGAGCCAGCAGGUCAAGGAGCUGGAGGACCAGAGUAAGCAGCUGAGCGCCAGCCUGGAGCAGAUGAAGGCAGAACGUGACGACAUGAACAACCGUCUGAAGAAGGCCGUGGAGGACCUGAACAACAAGGACGAGCUGAGCCAGGCGCUGAACGAACAGAAGGCUCACUACGAGAAACAGCUGCUCAAGGAGAAGGAACUCAAGAUACAGGCUAUCAACAAGCUUGCCCAGAUCGUGAACAGUAAGGAGUACAAGGACAUGGUGUCGGGUAAGAAGAACCGCGUGUCUGCCGACCAGCUGAGGAAGAAGGAGAAGGAGGUGCGGAAGCUGCAGCAGGAGUUGAGCAUGGAGAAGGAGAAGUACGACAACGUCGUUGUCAGGCUGCAGAAGGACCUCAACGAAUUGCAGGCUCAAUUCCAAGAGGAGGUACAGUGUCGAACCGAGCUGCAGAUGACGCUGGACAGCAAGGACAGUGACAUUGAGCAGCUGCACGCCAAGCUGAGCAUCCUGAGCAGCGACACAGCCAGCGUCAACAGCGGGGAGACCGACGAUCCAGAGGGAGGAUUCGAGGUGAACAGACUGGAAGGCUGGCUGGCUGUGCCCAACAAACAGAACAUCAAGAGAUACGGGUGGAAGAAGCAGUACGUGGUGGUCAGCACCAGGAAGAUUCUCUUCUACAACGACGAGAAUGACAAGAUGUCUGCUGCCCCGUCACUGGUCCUGGAUCUAGAUAAACUGUUCCAUGUACGACCUGUAACACAAGGUGAUGUCAUCAGAGCUGACGCCAAAGACAUCCCCAGAAUAUUCCAGAUCCUGUAUGCCGGCGAGGGGGAGAACAAGAAGAUGGACGAGACGCAGCAGGACAUCCUGCCCCUGCAGGGGGGGCCGGGCGUCACCAUCCACAAGGGCCACGAGUUCGUCCUGGUGCACUUCCACAAGCCAACCACCUGCGAGGUCUGCCCAAAACCUCUCUGGCACAUGUUCAGACCACCCCCUGCACUCGAGUGUAGAAGAUGUCACAUCAAAUGUCACAAGGACCAUCUUGACAGGCAUGAGGAAACCGUGGCUCCCUGUAAAGUAAACUUUGACAUCCAUGCAGCGAAAGACUUGCUUGUUCUGGCGAGCACACAAGAGGAGCAGUCACUGUGGGUCAACAGGCUGGGCAAGAAGAUCUCCAAACCCCCUAUAGACCCCAGGGAGGGGGGAAUCAGGGCGUCAAUGAGGUCAGUCGGGAGCUCGUCAUCCUUCAGGAGGACAGGCAAAGCUGCAACGCAAAAUGCUGCCAAGAAGCCAGGCAAACCCAGGUCACCAGAGAUGGAGGACAGCCCCAGUCCCAGCCCCACCCCCUCCCCGUUUCUCGAGCCCCCAGGACAAAGUUCUACCCUCCCACCCGUCCCCCCCAGUCCCAUCCCCAAGGAAGUUUCCAAGGAAACCAAAGAGAGUCAUAGACACUCUUGGCACAAGUUCUUCUCCUGAUGUGCCCUCCAGUUGAUGAGUCAGCCAGGGGCCUGUUGUCUAACUGCACCCAUUGGUCAGCCAACAUGUAGCAAAACACUCCUCUGUUAGAGCACGCCUCCCUUGGAGGAACCUAAACAUGUUUUGUUUAGGACACCAAAUCAGUUACAGUUUUGUAUCACAGCCUCUCCCUGUCCAGUUUUGUUUGAACUUUCAGUUAUAAGUAAUGUCACAAUAAUAAGAUUUGUCAGGCAGUCAAAUACAAACAUAUCCAUCACAGUAUACAGCUGUUAUGCCUUCACAGAGGCUGCUACAGUAUUCACCAAUCACAACUCAGUCCAGGCAUUUAAGGCCUUGCAACUGGAGCUGAUUUGCUGUCUCUCAAUAAGCAAUGAAUUAAGCAAGCAAUAAGUGGACCGUUCUGAAAAACAGAAAUAAUGGCAAACAACCUGCAAAUAGUCAAAAGAGUCACAGUCAAAGAGAGGAUAUACUUUGAGUAUAAAGGAAUUAUGUAUGUAUGUAGGUUCUAUAAACAUAGUUUAUAUGCUGGAAAUUAAUGUUUGAGAUGUGAUAGGAGUUACAGUAAAGAGAGAUGUGCGACAGUGGUACCUACAAUGUAAAGGGCAGAGCAGAGAAGACAAGUAGGCCAAACAAAAAUUUUGUAUUAUACAAUCAUCAGAUAGAUCUUUUUUACAUGUUUGUCCAAGUAGAGGAAAAGAAAAGCAAGAUGGCAAUGUGUAGCCGGUACUUUUUUAAAGACUAGAUGUUAUAGAAAGAACGUAAACCAGGAAAGUCCAAGUUUGGUAGAGAAACAGUUUGUAGGUCAAGGAAAUUGGAUGCUGUCAGUUGUGACAGCCGGAACAAAAUGUCUUGGCAAGGCAGAACUUUCCACCAACAUGAAUGAAAGGCAUCUAAAAAUUCCUUCGGUUCAAGUUUGAUCCCUUCCAACGGUAGGCCAUAAGAUAGUUUGUCAUCCUUCAAAAAGCGUCUCUGAGCCUUGGUAGGCAUGUCCAGCUGAUAACCUUGCACUGCACCUGUUUUGUUGUCUCGGUUUGUUGCACGUGCAGUUUUGCUGAAUUUUGUAGUAUGCAUGUCACCAACUAUUUUCUUUCGUCAUGUUAAAUGCACUUUUUCCAACUUGUAUAUUGCACUGCUACAAAACAUGUUCAUGUAAUGUGUGAGCCCCCCUCUCUCCAGUUCCACAGGAUUGCACAGAAUAUAUUGUCCCCUGCUUUACCUGUGUUUGUCCCUACUGUAUUGUGCAUGUUCACCUGUCUGUUACCAACCUGCUGCUCCCCUAGGUGUUUCCACAACAGUUUCUGCCAGGAUAUGCAGGAGGCCUGGAUGUGUGCAUGGCCUGGUACUUACCCCUGAGUGCCUUGGACCUUACCUGUAGUGCUAUGGGUCCCUGCCUUCAACAGGGAGCUACCAUGAUGUAGUAGGGGUGUUUGUUUGGUGCAUGUUGUUUCUAAUUCUGUCCCCUUCUCUCACUUAACAGCUAAUCUUGCAUGUGGAUGUACUUGCCGGUGGGUGGAGGGAAUUUCUACAUCCUUGAAGAUUCUGCCCCAUUCCUGGAAGGCAGAGACUUUACCUGCCUAUCCAUCCAAUGUCUUUAACCCGAAUCCCCCCAGCACUAGGACUCCAUCCUACUGUCACUCCAGAUGUCCACAGCCUCCCACUCUCCACCCAUGGCUCCAGUAUUGCACAGAGUCAUAUCCAAGACACAUCACCACUUCUAGGACAUCCCUCUCACUUCAUUUUAGAAUCUACAUGAAAUUGUUUACAUCUGAAUGUUUUAAAAAGCAGAUUUGCCCCCAAAGACCUCAUCGACUUGAGUGGCUAUAUAGUGGAGAUUCGUCAUGCCUUGUCAGGUGCCAAUUAUUAUAAAGAGAGAAAUGCAGAAUUGUGACAGAUGUUAUUUUGUUUGUUUGAUGUUAGCGUUUUCCUUCAGAAUGUGCAAUGCUCACUGUGGACAGAUCUAGAUUUUUGCCAUGGAGACAAAACUGUUCAAAACUCCAAAGCUGUUUACAAAAUUACUGACCUUUAUUCUUAAAUCAGUUCCUACUUGAAUGUGUAAGAGAGAGCAGUGCACAUCCCACAUGACUAAACUUGCCAUUUUUAAGCAGAGUGUUAAUGUUGGUAAGGGUAUAUUUUGGCUGGUGUAGCUGCCUGCUAGAGAAUGACGACUCACUGUUUCAUCUACAUGAAUGCUAUCAAGAAGCAAAGUUUGUAUGGGCUACCAUGUAAGGUAUUGCUAGUGGAUAGCUUUCCAGUCAGUAUUGCAGUAUUGUACUACCUAUAGGUGCUAAACGAGCCUUACCAGAGUACAGAAUUGAAGGCAUCACUCCACCAUUAGGUUAAGAAGUUAGUAGGGACUCGGAAUGCCCCACCUUCUGUUUAGAGUGCCGACAGCUUGUACCAACACCGCAUCUGCACUUGGUGGCUGGAAUAUGUAUAUUGCUACUGUUAUGUCUGAAGAUCUAUGCACACUAUAUUGUACUGGAUGUCUCAUUGUGUGACCCUAUCUGUUAUGCCAUUACUAAAGUCACACAGUUACUAUAUACUGUACUGAUUACAACUAGUCAGCCGUAGGCUUAUGUACCUACUGUAGAAAUGAAGCACCAAGACAAAGCUAGGUCCUGUAUUUAAAUUAUAUUAUCAAUCUUAAAAUUUUUGUAUUUAACAUUUGUUGUUUCUGGUGAACUAGCUGUAAACUUGCCUAGUGAAAGUAUGUAUGAUAAAAAUAACUUACUUUUUGCCACAGUAUAUCAGGGGUUCGAUUGUAGAAAGCAGGGGCAUAUAAAGUUUUAAUAUUUGCUUCCAUGCAUUGUUAUGCAACAAAUACCUAUACCGGUAUUACUACAGCUGUUUGCCUUAGUGAUGUACUAUUAUAAAACUGCUGGGGCAUAAGAUUGCUUAUGUUUGAUAGUACCAGAAUAGGUGGGUCUCUUCAUUUUGUAUGAUUGUAGAAAGUGUUGAUUUUGUAGAGGAGAGUAGGAGAAUGGAGACAGUAGCAAAUGACAACAGCCAGAAACAUGGAGCACCACCUUUCUGUAUGCUGUAUUACUACAUGUUAAACUAUCUUGAGAUCUUAUUGACAUUAAACUGGACCAUGUCCAUGUACAGA